CUUGGACGCGAAUGAUAAUAAUUGGGUGCACAGACAUAUUUUAUAUGACUUUAUGAUGGCCGGACCCGCGUCUGCUGAUUCAUUUUUGGCUCUGAAUCACUCAGGCAAGCCUAACAUGACUCGACAAAUAGGGGGGGCCGGGGCGGUGUCGCUUGAAUUUGCAUGGAAUCUGGAUUGCCGAUGGCAGUGAGAGGCCACAGCAAGUACUUACACGUUUCUUGAUAUCAGUGACCAUCGAUUGAAUUUCCCGUCAAGAGCGGAGCUGAUGAUAGCGGCUGCUCUUAGUCGACGGUGGCUGUGACGGUUUUUAGCGCCUUGGGCGUUUCAAACUUUCGGUUCAAGUUUUGAUCCGCUACAGCAAGUUGACUACCACAACCCAAUCACAUUGAAUUGGACCAUUCAAGUCUUCUACUGCUUAUACACAAUCAACAGCGGAACAAAAGUAUCCAGCUCCUCGACAGCUUCGAACCACGGUCAUGACGGACCAAGUAGCCGCCCAGCGCGUCUCCCAGUCCCUGGACCUGACACAUGUAAUCUAUGAUGCGUCUUCCGACACUUCUUUUGUACUUGCACUGCUGACGCUGAGUCCAAUCCUUCUGAUGCCUGCGUACGCAGUACUCGCCGUGCAAACACGUGAAUUGACUAUCAUCAACAUGUGGGCAGGACAAUUCCUUUCAGAGGGAUUGAAUCUGGUGCUAAAGCACAUUUUUAAACAGGAGCGUCCAGUUGAUAGUCAGCUUCACCUAAAUGGUUACGGCUUUCCCUCAUCGCACAGCCAGUACAUGGGCUAUUUUUCUGCAUUCCUGAUCUGUCACAUGUACUUUCGACACCGGUUUGCGUUGACAGGAUCCAUCGUACUCGAUCAACUUUUCCGAACAGUUGUCUACCUUGGAUUAGCUGCAUGGUGUGGCAUCGUUGCCUAUUCGAGACUUGACUUGCUGUACCACACGCCCCAUCAAGUCAAAUGGGGCCUAGGAAUUGGCAUAGUACAUGGCGUUUCACAUUAUGUGUGUACCGAACUCCUCCCAGCUAAAUUCCCGGAUUCUAUGUUUGGACGAACCCGGUCUGCCCUCUUAAAUCACCCAAUCAGCGUGUGGCUACAGCUAAGGGAUGGUUGGGCCGUCUGGGCGGAUGGAGGCAGAGAAUCUGAGUGGAAGCAAUGGAGAACCGAAUGGCUGAAGCAGCAUGCGCGUCUCGUAGAAAAGAAGACGACGUGAGCUUCGCAUGUAUUUUUGUACAUAUCCUAUUCAUUUUGUUUUCCUGGAUCUAAUAACGGGCCCUAUUCGUGAUACAUAUUCCCGCACACUUUCUUGCAAUUUGCCCGAG